GCCUAGCUUCAGUCGCAUGAUGAGAGCAGCGCCGCUUGCAUCGUUAGGUUUCUGGUUCUGGCUGGGAUUAGGCCUGGGACUGGUAGUGGUGCUGCAAAGAACUGGAGACUCCAAUCUAGUUUUGGCUAAGCGGUUUCUACGGUGCGAACUAGCCCGUAAGCUGCUCGAACAACAUGGUUUCGAGCGUACUUUGCUUUCCAAUUGGAUUUGUCUUCUGGAGCAUGAAAGCGAACUGGACACCAGCCGAACCAACACAAAUCCGAAUGGCUCCAAGAACUAUGGACUAUUUCAGAUCAACAGCAGAUUCUGCCAGGAAGGACGCAAGGGUGGUACCUGCAAUGUCAAGUGUGAAGAUCUCUUAGAUGAUAAUCUGAGGGAGGCUGCCGCAUGCGCAAAAAGAAUCCAAACAUCGGAUGGUUUCCGGCACUGGAACGGUUGGCAGCGCUACUGUCGCAAUACUCAAAACUUGCCCAAUCUGAAGGUCAUCUGUGGCAUCUAGAAUAUUGAUAACACUAUAUACACGUUAUUUUAUAUAGGGGCUAAACUAGUUGGACAACAUUUAAAUAUCCCAUAAAAAACACAUUGUAUUGAUGCAUAAUAUAUAAAAAUAUGUAUGUAUGUACAAGAUCUCAGGCA